GGAAAAAACGAAACCGACGAGUGCAAAGCCCCUUUUCCGUUAUUGAAAUGACAGAACUGUGAUCGCUGAAUAAUAGUACUACUUAUCAUUGUAAUUAACAUUAUUGAAACCCUAGACGUCGACGAUGACGGAACCGAUAUCAGUCGAAGAAGACGACAAGCAAGCAACGGGACUUCGACGAUGCGUCGAACCAAUUUCGUCGGCGGCGGCGGAGGUUCAGAUAUGCAACAAUCGCAAGGAGAAAAGGAAGUUGACGAAGAAGGAGAAGAGGAAGCAGAAAAGGAAGGAACUAGCUGAGAAGGCGCGCCAGGAAGAGGAGGCUAAGCUGAAUGAUCCCGAGGAGCUUCGCAGGAUUCAGCUGGAGGAAGAGGAAGAGAAGGAGAGAUUAGAGAGAGAAAGGAGAGAGUUUGAGGAAAGAGAGAGGCUCUUUCUCGAAGCACUGGCUCGAAAAGAAGCUCAAGAGGUAGAAGAAGAAGAACGAAGGAGAGUGGAAGAUGAGGAAGAAAAGGCAAAACAAAGCCAGGUUGCCCUUGAGAAUGAGCCAUAUGAAGAUGACGAGUGGGAAUAUGUAGAAGAUGGGCCUCCCGAAAUUAUAUGGCAAGGAAAUGAGAUAAUUGUGAAGAGGAAUAAAGUGAAAGUGAAAAAGAAGGAUCAAGAUCCUGUGAUUGUGAAAGAGGAUCCCAAUAGGCCAACAUCCAAUCCACUGGCUCCACAAUCUGAAGUCUAUGCUGACUACAGGAAUGCUUCGUCUCUUUCAGCACAACAGUUGUUGGAGAAUGUUGCUGUUCAAACUCCAAAUUUUGGAACUGAGCAGGAUAAAGCUCAUUGUCCUUUCCACCUAAAAACUGGGGCUUGUCGAUUUGGUUCACGCUGCAGUAGGGUUCACUUUUAUCCCGAUAAAUCCUGCACUUUGCUCAUGAAGAACAUGUACUGUGGACCUGGAUUUGCUUGGGAGCAGGAUGAGGGGCUUGAGUAUACAGAUGAGGAGGUUGAAUGUAGUUUUGAGGAAUUUUAUGAGGAUGUUCACACGGAAUUUUUGAAGUUUGGAGAAAUUAUAAAUUUCAAGGUGUGUAGAAACAGUUCAUCUCAUUUGCGAGGAAACGUUUAUGUACACUACAAAGAUAUAGAUUCUGCAGUGCUUGCUUAUCAUUCUAUAAAUGGCCGUUACUUCGCUAGCAAACAGAUCACAUGCGAGUUUGUUAGCGUAACCAAAUGGAAGGUUGCCAUAUGUGGGGAAUUCAUGAAAUCAAAGCUUAAGUCAUGCUCCCGUGGAACGGCAUGCAACUUUAUCCAUUGUUUCCGCAAUCCUGGUGGAGAUUAUGAAUGGGCGGACUUGGAUAAACCACCGCCAAGAUACUGGCUUACAAAGAUGGCUGCUUUAUUUGGGUAUGCUGAUGAGUCUGUAUAUGAUAGACGGCUUGAACGGAAAAACUCAGAACGGAUGUUGAAUUCCUACAAGAUGCUGGCAUCUGAUUCUGACAGGCAUCGCUACAAUUCAAGGGAGAGAAGGUCUCGCUCAAGGGAGAGCAGAAGUUCAAGGAUCCACUAUGAUGAUUAUGAUUUUCAUAAGAGGAUACAUCAAGAGAGAGGCGACCGUACUGAUAAAAAACAGCGCAAAAUUCUUGAUAAGAAACAAUUUGAAGAGGGGACAGGACAACACGAAGAGGAAACAAAUCAACAUGGUAAAAAUAGAUACCACAGCAGUGACUCUGAUUGGGAUUUAUCUGACAGAGAGAAAGAGGGAGUGAAGCGCCACCAUAGCGCAGGGAGAAAAUCAAGAAACCACCAUAAUGAAAAAAUGGGGCGUCAACAUCGUAAUGAUGACAUCAAAAAACGAGUUAGUGGUUCCGACUCUGGUGAUGAUUUGCUGGAAAAGAAGAGAUACGGAGAUGCAGGAUCUGGUAACAGUGAGAAGGGCUCAAGACAUAGCAAGGAAGAUCGUAAUACAGAUUCCAGCAGUGAGUGGUUGGAUGAGACACGAGACAGAAGUUCGCAUCACAAGAAAAGAAGAAGCAGUUCUAGGCGCCAUAACGGUGUUCCAUCAUCACCUGAUCGCUGGGAUAAGAAUAGCGGAAGCCAUGAUAAUAAUACCACUGGAGAUUGGACUGCUGCUAUCACAGAUAAAAGAAAGCCAAGUUCUGACAAGAGGGUCCAUUCAGAUAGGGAUCACCCUUAUCACCAUAAUGAAGACAUUGGGGAAAGAGGCCGCUGGGAACCUGAUGAAGGUGCUACUGGAACACACUCUAAAAGUAGUAAGAAGUCUGUAAUUGAUGAUUCUGAAGAUCACAAAGUGGAAUCUGAGUUAAAUGAUGAUGGGGUCUAUAGUGGUAGUACAAAAAGGGGAAGUAGCCGAUCAAUCAAUCAAAAAAGGAGGGGGAACAGUGAUAGGAUGGACACUGCGAAGAAGUCAAAACGACAUAAAGAGAAUGACAGGGCACACAAUGGAAAAGACAGGAGUUACUCUGGACACUUAAGUUCGUAAGGCAGCCAUUGCAUUACUAUUUUCACGAGGUUCAUACCAUAUAUAAUCUCAGUUGUAAUGCUGGAAAGAACUUGAGGAUGACAUUACAUGCAUCAGCCAUUGCUAAGUUUCAGUUUUUAGAUUGUAAAUAGUCUACACUUGUUUGUCUGAAUGAAGAUGAGGUUAAUUUCUGAUGCCUUCUCAACUGCAGUUGGGAAAAUUGCCAU